GCAAGACUCAGACACCUGCUUGCUCUGCCAGCCCCACUCCUAGGCUGCUCCAUAUAUACAGUCCCAUGUGGGGGGAAGCAGCUGCCCUUGAGCCUCAGGACAACCACUGGGUCUGUUCUCACAGGAGCUUCUGCACAGAGACUGGGUAAGUUACUGGGACAAGGAGGGGAGCCACAGGCCAGCAACUGAGGGAAGGGUGAGCUGAAGUCAGUGCCCAGGAGACGUGGUACACGUUGGGGAUGGGAAGGGAAUUGGAUAUAUGACCCAGAGUGACAGCAGAGGGGCCUACAGCAUGAGCCACAAAGAAUGUGUCAUAGCUAGGCCAGGAUCCGCAUGGUCACUUCUCUUCUUACGGGAAACAUGGCUUCAAAGCUGGACAAUUUCCAACUAUGUCUCUUGCUGUUGCUGGGGAUCUUAGGAACAGCUGUGUCAUUCCAGGCCAUCCCUCCUAAUUUAACCCCAGCUCAGUGGUUUGCAAUUCAGCACAUAAAAAUGGCCAACAGCAUUGUAUGUGGCAGUGCAAUGCGGGUAGUAAACAGUUACACAGGACACUGCAAAGGCAAGAACACUUUUCUUAAUAUAACUUUCAGUGAUGCUGUGGGUACUUGUGUUCACACCCCAAAUAUGCGCUGCCUGAGAAGCUCCAGGACAAAUUGCCAUCAGAGCUCACGCCGGGUACCUUUGACAGACUGUAUCCUGACCAGAAAUGCAAAGAACUACAGGCUUUGCACAUAUAGAAAGUUAACAAAAAAUAAAUCCUAUGUAAUUGCUUGUGCCCACAAAUCUCCGAACGAUUCUCCUGUAUUCCCAAUAGUUCCAGUUCACUUAGAUGGGACAGUGUAGUUCCUGUGCCACCCCUCAUCUGCCAAGCUCCACGAUAGCCCGAAUCCCAUCCCGCCACCCUGGAUAGCACCGUCUGUCCUCAUCACUGUGGGGAGCAACUGGGAGCAACUCGGACUAGACUAAGUUACUGGAAUUAAGACUUAUUCUAUGCAUCUGCUCUCCCACAAUAUGGCGCUGGGAGAGGAGAAAACAGCUUCUACACAGCUGCCUCCAGUUCAGCCAAUAAACUGUAGGACCUGCUCCUGAUUGGAGGAGAGCAGCGUACUCGGCGUGUGGGCAGCCGAGUUAGGAUUGGCGGAGGAAGACUAUAAGGGAGGAGAGAGACGGCAUGCACCAGGAACAUCUAACGGGAACAUCUAAGGGGAACACCUGUGCAGCCCCCGAGAGAGCCGGCCGGCGGUGUGCCGCUCCCCUGCGGAAGUGGGGAAUGUGGCCAGGGGGAACUGCCCUUCCACGGAAGUGGAAGGGACAGUAGCCAACCCGGGAAGAACCAGCAGCAAACCCGGGAAGGGCCAAGCAGACCAAAGAACAGCGCAGGGUCCUGUGUCGUUCCUCCACGAAGAGGGGGAGCGACAUAAUGGUGCCGUGACUCGGAUAUGAAGCCUAGGCAGGGCUUAGUGUCGUUCCUCCACGAAGAGGGGGAGCGACAAUCACCACUCCCCAACCUCCUUCAAGCUUUGCUGAGCUGAAAUGCCUGUGGACUGUUCAAUAAACUGUGUGGAAUCAUCUAGAUCUUAUGUGUUUCUCUCUGUCACUCUGAUGUCAGGCACAAUCUGACCCAGAGACACUUCUGUUACUCUGCACUAAGAGUCUGGGGGACAGUGAGCUGCAAGAAUGAGAUUCUGCGUGAGGAAGCAGCACAGACUUCUUCCUCUCCUGCCUGAAGCUAAGCUGCAGGCCCCACUGAUGACUGCCUACUGACAAAGACCUUGUGCUUAGCAAACUGUACUCGGGCAUCUCUGGACCCUCUUCAUAACCAAGCCCUUACUGGGCUUCAGAGUCCUUCCUCGUGGAGUCCGAUGUUAAUAGGAACCCUCCUAACUCAGUUUCUCCUGAAUCUCUCACCCUUGAUACCUCAUCAAGUUUCUCUUCCCCACUUACUCCAUGAUCUGAUGUGGUAUCAGAUCACCCUUGGGAGCCUAAAUUUUAUGUGUUGCACUAAAAUAAAUUUAGCUUAAUUCCACCUUUCCGUUUUUUUAAGUAGCUUCAUGCAAGACGACUUCCGCUCCAGUCCCCAACAAGAUGUUCUCUGUGUCUGUCUGAGGCCUCACUGGCACGGCUUUUACAAUGCGAAUUUCCAGCAGUAUGC